UGGAAUGUUUGCGAAGAGCGUAACUUAAAGAUUUGCGCUACUCGUGCUUUCUUAUAAGAGAAAAUGUUUGUAUCGAGAAGCGUCUAUGCUAAUCACGCUGAUCUUAUUCAUGAUAUCGCUUAUGACUUCUAUGGUCGACGUAUGGCAACUUGCAGUAGUGAUCAGAUGAUUAAAGUAUGGGAUCUAAAAGACAAUGGAGAAUGGGUGUGCACUGCUUCUUGGCGAUGUCAUUUAGGAUCAGCCUGGCGUGUCAGUUGGGCACAUCCUGAAUUUGGUCAGGUAAUCGCUACCUGUUCAUUCGAUCGUACAAUAGCUAUCUGGGAGGAAAUUACAAGUACUCAGUCCAUAGGUAGUGGUGGGGAAAAUGACGGCUACACCAGUCAAAUUCCACCGUCUUUGACAAACACAAUGCUUGGGGGUCAGUCAGGAAGUACUCAUUGGAUUCGACGUGCUUAUCUUGUUGAUCCACGAACUUCUGUGACUGGGUUGCAAUUCGCUCCAAGGCAUUUAGGUCUCCAGUUGGCUGCAGUCUCCACCGAUGGCAUGUUACGUAUCUACGAGGCUUUGGAUGUUAUGAAUUUAAGUCAGUGGCGUUUACAGUUUGAUUUUGGCACUAAAAUGUUUGCGUCAUGUUUAAGUUGGUCUCAGUCUCGGAUUGAUCCUCCGUUGAUAGCUGUUGGCAGUGGUAAUCCUAAUGAUUCCGGUGGAAAUGAUGGUUCCGAUUGUCUACAAACAUCACAUUCUGUAUCGUAUCCAACAAAUCCAAACCCUUCUUCAGUCCGUGGUAAACUUGUCCUGUAUGAAUAUGUUGAGGCAAGAAGGCACUGGUUUCUAACUGAAGAUGUUGUUGGAUUGACUGAUCCUAUUUACGAUCUAUCAUUUGCUCCACACAUAGGUCAAUCAUAUCAAACAUUGGCUGUUGGUUCAAAAGACCUCUACAUAAUACGUAUUAUUUCAUCAUCUCCAAAAUCAGAGAUAUCAUGGUUCGAAGAAGAAGAAACAGGGCAAAAACUGCAAUCCAAUUCGUUUGCGUAUUCCCCAUAUUCAAUUAGGCUGGCAUCACGUUUUGAUCAUCAUAAAGGACGUGUUUGGCGUGUUUCAUGGAAUGUAACGGGUUCACUAUUGGCAUCAUCUGGAGAUGAUGGUUGUGUACGUAUUUGGCAGGCUCAUUUCUCUGGUUUUUGGGUACCAGUCUCUGUAAUAAGUCCAGAUGGUGGUAAUCUCUGUGAUACUGCACUAACUGAUGACCGAGAUAAUUGUUUGCUUAAAGCAUGCUUAGGUUCAAUUCUACCACAAUCGAUUUCAUCAUCAUCAACUUCUUCAAAUCUACGCCUUAUAUCGAAUUCAAAUACUGCAUUAAGACAUAAUGAACAUGUUGUGGAUAAUGGUGUUGAACAAACAGCCAACACAUAUUUAGGUAAACCAUCAAUUCAUGGAUGUCCCAUCCCAUUUCAGAAGUUAGCACCAGUUUCAAACGCUAAUCAACCCGGUGCUUGGCAUUAAACUUCAUCAGAAUUGUGUAAUCUACGCCACUAUAUAUAUAUGCAUGUAUAUGAUGUUGGUGCAUAUUUUUAGAAGUUCGUAUUUGUACUCACGUCAUCCAUUAUGAUAACUCUUAUUUGAUAUGGACAGAUUUUUCAGAAAAAACUAAAUAAUCAGUAAUAAUUCACUGUAAAUUACCCUUGUUAUCACCAAUGUUGUUCAAAAAUAUAUAAUCAAUAUUCCCUGUGAAUGUAUGCUUAGUUUUUUGAUUAGCUGUCAAAACUCUGACUGUAGAAACAUUGAUCUAUUUAAUCAACAGUUACCCUUGGAUGGAUGACAGUAACUUUCGUAUAGAAUUGUAUUAAAAUAAAAG